ACUAGUUUGUUUUGAGACUAAAAAGAACUGAUCAUUGAGAGUUUUCAAGAUGAAGCUUGUGAUUGUUUUCCUAGCUAUAGGACUGGUCAAAAUGCAAGAUUCGAAUGACUUCAGAUCCUCAAGCGAUGAUUCAAGAUCUUCCGCUGAAGAAACAGACCAGAACAGACUCGCAUCACCCCGUAGAACAAAUGGUCGUGGACAGUGGAUGAACCGUAGAGAUAAUGGUUUUAGAGCUUGGAACAAUCGUCAAGCUCGAAAUUUUGGACAUGGUGGAUUCCAGAGUCAAACUGAAGCCCGGACAAUAAGAAGACCAAGACCAGGUUUGAGGAAUAAUCCUAUGAGGGGUAAUAAUCCCAGAAAUUCGAGACCAUUUGUUGAUUCUUCAUUAAGAAGGAGACAACCGUCUAGACCUUCACCUGUCAAUGCGAGAUCAAGAUUUGGUUCGAAUAGAAGGGUGACGCCAGGUGGGCCUUUAUUCAGACGUAUCGUGACAAGACAAUUAAGUCCUCCAUUCAGAUUAGUGUACAGAUAUGUAUCAGUCUAAUUCAAUGCUAACAGACCUGUCCACUUAAGUGAUGUAAAAUCUUAAAAGCUACUAUAAAAGUAUAAAUUUUG